AUACUGGAAUUAGGAGGUGUCAGACUUGUUCUCCGGUGACGCACUGACGGAGAAGACGACGAAGCGUACGAGUGUGUUUCGUUCGGUAUAUACGCUUAGUUUUAGACGUCGCUAGAGUUAACAGUAGCGAAAGAGUAUUUGAUUGAGAGAGAGAGAGAGAGAGAGGCGACGAAGGGAUUAGAGAUGCUAGGACAUCGGAAAAAUAAAUGGACGGCGGAGGAAGAGGAGGCGCUUGUCGCCGGAAUAGCCAAGCACGGUUCUGGAAAAUGGGCGAAUAUCAUAGAAGAUCCAGAGUUUGCGCCUCAUCUUCUAGAUCGCACUAACAUUAACCUCAAGGAUAAAUGGCGAAAUAUGAAAAAUCGUGUGGGGAAUAUGGAGAAAUCAAUCGUUUCCUCUUCUUCUUCUCGUGUUGUUGUUGUUAGCAACGAGCCUUCUCCAAGUAGUUCAUCAGAUAUGAGCAAUGAUACUAGGUACGUUGCAAUGGUUUUUGAGGCUAUAUCGACAAUCAAUGAUGAGAAUGGUUCUGAUCUCAAGGAGAUUCUCAGCUUUAUCGAGGAACGACAUGAGGUUCCAAAAACCAUUAAGAAACUGUUGAGUAGCAGCCUAAGAAUCCUUGUUUCUCAAGACAGACUCAAAAAGGUACGAAAUCGUUACAACAUCUCCACUUCGAAAGCUGAUAAACCAACACACAUCCUGCAUCCAAAAGAUUCCACGAACCCACCAGAGCUACCAAGUACGUAUGCGAUAUCAACAAAACUAAAAGAAACACAGGAGAUAGAUGCAGCAGCAAAUAAAGUUGCAGAACGAAUCAAUCAGUGGGCACAAGAAUUUGACGUCGGUUACGAGGAGCGACAAGACUUUAGGAUGUUUUUGAGUGAGUGCCUGAAAAUUCUCGUUUCUCGAGGCAAACUGGAAAAGGUACUAGAUCGCUACAAGAUCUCAGAAUUAGAAAGCAAAGUGUUGGAAAUAGCACCAGAAGUUGUAGCAAUGAAACUAGCAGAGUCAGAUAACAAAAGGUUGAUAGCAGCAGAGGCAUUGGAAGAAGAAAAACGAAUGCACAAGUUGGUAGAAGAAAGCAACACGAUGCUUCAGUUAUGCAUAGAAAUCCACCAACAAUGUGCUCUUGGGGAAGAGGUUGUUCUACGGUAGUAGACGCGAUCAUAUAGUAUCUGGUUUGAUUCAGUUUAGAUAAGUGAUUUCAUUUUACUUUCUAACCAAUUUAGUGUGUGUCCAGUUGUGUUUUUGUAGAUAGUUGUAGUGAGGAGCUAAUGUUUUGUUCAUAGAAAAAGUGUUUAGCAUUUAUAUAGAUAUAUAAAUUAUUAUUUUUUUCUCUAGAAAGUGAUGUGUCCGUCUAUUCUCUAUUGAGUCUCGAGAAUGCUUUGCUACGUCAUAAAGAAUCAAAAGGUGCUGGAAAG